GUUUCUACCUAAUUUAGCUGUAAUGUCAACCUAGUCAAUCUGUUAAAAGUCUGUUCAUUAAUAUUUAGUCUUUAAACACUUGUGCACGGACCAUUUGACUAACGUCACCAUACAUGAGGCCUAGGAACUUUCUUUAUUCAGCUAAAGUCUUUGGAACUACAUUUCCCUGAUUUCUCUCAGCUGUCCGGUUAUACGACGUGUCGUAAAAUCCAUUUAACAGCAAAAACGAGAUGGACACCACCAAAGACGCCUGACAGUUUUUGACUUUAUCCCUAAUUGUUAUCUGAAAUGUUUAUGUAGUGACGCCAGGCUUCAGUUCACAGAAGCGGUUGUGAAAAUGGAAGCCAUGGAAGAUGACAGUUUGGACAUAAAAGACGACCAUAACCACAACUAUUGUGCGAGCAGCAGCAGCAGCAGUAGUAGUAGUAGUAAAGUCCGCACCUAUCUGAGAAGCCAGUUGUCGGUUGUAACAACGGUCCCGCAACCUGCCGGUCCACCGGUGCCGGGUGGAGAACCGGGGACUCGACGAGGGAAACUGUGGUCCGGCAGCACCGUGGGGUCAAAGUUAAUGGACUCGGAUUCAGGCAGUGAGAGCAGCGAAGUCAGCGAGACUGACUGCACGGCUCCGCCACCCGCUGUUGAGGGCAAUCUCACCCUCGAUUCUAACGUUACUUCCAAGUUCCUUCUGAAUGCAAUGGCUGUAGAAGACUACCGGAAAAACCACUGGCCAAACCUGGAGAAGGCAAUUGACCGUCUUCUGAUUCAGAAUCCCACGGACCACAUCUCGGUUUCUUAUGCACAGAUAUACAGUUACGUCUACAAGUGUGUUUGCCAGCAGCACUCAGAGCUGCUCUAUAAUGAUUUGACAUUAAAAAUAACAAACCACCUGGAACAGGUUUCCACCCAUCUACAAGCCAGACCACCUGAGGACUUCAUUGAGAACUUUAAUGUUGCGUUGACGCAAUACACAGCUUCUCUUCAAUGUAUAGUUCCUGUAUUUAUGUACUUGAACAAGUUCUACAUCGAGUCGAAGCUGAACAGAGACCUAAGGGAGGAUCUGAUGAAUCUGUUUGCUGAUCACGUCGCAGAAAUACAUGUGAACACACUGAUGCCUCUUCUUAUCAAAGCUCAUUCCAUGCCAUUUCAAGUGCAGCCAUCUACAAUGGCCAGUGUGGUUAAAGGCCUCUACAGCCUCCGUCCAGACUGGGCCCAGUUAGCCCCGGAUCUCUUCUCUGGGUUUAUUCCCCAGAUCAACCCUCCUGCUGUGGAGUCUCUUCUUCCUGACUACGCCGCUCAUGACCAGAAGUUACAGAUGGAGCUCUCCAUGAACGGAUUUCCACGAGGUGACCAGUCUCGCAAACGGGCCAGCGAUGACUCCUGAUAGCAGAGCCGCCGUCACCAGAUUUGUUGCAGAACUAUUACUGUGCCUCCUACAUCUUUCUCACGAGUUGGCCCACUGCACUAGGUACAAUGUGUCAGUUUCAUCUCUCUCGACUCAGUAACAAAUCACUGUGAACAACAAAAGGGUUGUUGAGCAGAGGCUUAAUCUUACAGCACUAAAAAAAAAAAAAAAAAAAACCCCACACAGACUUCCAUUAUGGUGCUUUCCUGUGUGAUUAUGAUGCAUCCAGCUUCAGUAUUUGUGGGAUGCUGCUGUGUGCUCUGAGAUGGGUUUCUUAAUGUUCUCCUCAUUUUGAAGAGUGCCUCCAUGGUGCCUUCUGAUCGGAUAUCCUAAUGAGGGAUAGGCUGAUGAUGAGUAUUUCAUUCCUAACCUUUAACAUGGAAGUGUCUUUUUUUUUUAUAGACUGGGCUAAUCAAGACUUUCUAUUGCUGCUAAUAAUACUGUCCAUGUGGUAAUACUACAACUCCCUCAGUUUCACCCACUGUGUCUGUACACCCAGUCAUUCAACACAAAUGAGUGUGGAAAGAAAUGAGAACAAGUGGAACUAAGUCAUUGACCUCAACUAGGAUUCUCUUCUUCAUCUUGCCUUUACUGUGUUGGUAAACCGGAUUGUAUUUUCCCGUUACGCCAAAGAGGAUUUGCAAUUUCUUUUCUUUUUUUAUAAACUGCAUUGGAUUUGGGCAGACAUUGUUAUUGUUGUAUACUCUGAGUCACUGAGCCAUUUGAUUUCUUUUUUUUUUUUUUUUGAGCUUUAGUUGACCUGUUUGUUAGGCUUGAGUCAAAUUCUAACUUUAAAUAUCCCUUGUCUGUUUCAGCCUUGCAUGUAGGAUUGGCAAGGAUUGCCAUGUAGGACAUUACACUGUUUGCCAGAAAGCUUAAUCAACCACAGAAUAGUGUUUGACAAUUUCCUUAAUUCCCUUUUAGUUUGUUUGACAACUUCCAACCCAAAUCAUCCUUGAACUGUAAAUAUAUCAAACCUGAUGCUUCAUGGAUUUUACAGAAAGAAUGAUAAUGCCAAUAUUGUUUGGCCCCAGUCUGGCGUACUUGUGCAUUGAAUGUUCCUAACAUGCAUAUCCUGAUAAUGAUGUAAAUAAUUUUUGGUGUUUGCAUAAGGGUCAGUAUACACUAGCUUUUUUUCACAGAUGCAUUUUUGUUAAAAAAAAU